AUGUCCACCGUUACCAGUGAGCAGGCGCAGCCGCGUUGCGCUCUGGCGCCGUUCAACAACCCCACCGCGGAUAUCGUCCUCAGAAGUAGCGACAGGACGGACUUCCGGGUGCGUAGCGUCAUCGUUGCAGAGGCUUCAGAGGUGUUCGCAGGCAUGUUCGCCAGCCCACAGCCGCCCCGCGGCGCCAGCGGCGUCGACGACAAUGCCGACUACGUCGGGGACACGCCUGUCGUCCAGCUGGCCGAGGACGCAAAAACCCUCGACGACCUCCUCCGUCUGUGCUACCCGGUCGCGGACCCUGUGGUGGACGGCGGGCAGCAACUGCGCCGAGUCCUCGCGGCGGCGAUGAAGUACGCGAUGGAGGAAGCCAUUGCGGUGAUGCGGACGCAGCUGCGCGCACUCAUCCGUACAAGUCCUUUCGAAGGAUGGGUGAUUGCGUGCAAACUCAAGCUGGAGGAGGAUGCCCGGAGGGCUGCGUUCACGCUCUACUCGGCCGUCCGCCCCUUCGACAACCAAGAUGCCACGCUCAGUACGAUCAGCGCCGGACAGUACUUCCGCCUG